UAGAGAGAGGCGGAGGGGACUUUCGGUUCCGAUGCAUCGGAGGAUGUAGCUUUCGAAGACGACUCAUUUGGCUGGGUCUCUCUAGACGUAGACGAAGACGAAGGAAUCUCUGCCGGUGUGUAUUUGGCAGGGGCCUCUUUCUCGAGGUAUUCACGAAGGCUCGGAUCGAGCUUCUUUGUCGGAUCGUCACUGUUCGAACCACCCCAGAACCAGCCCAUUUCGAAUUAUGCAGGGAUCAAGAACAAUAUUCAAAAAAGGACAUUCGCACGUCUAACCACUCGAGGAUGCCAGGCGCAAUGGAUCGAGGAUGCUGCCAAAGAUCUCUCCAACGAUUGCGGAGAAAGUCGAGCUGUCGGUUUUCCAGCGGCGCCAAACCGCAUCGGGCGCAACUCGGCGUCCCGCAGCUCCUCCGUCUAUCGCGAAGCUUGCCCUGCGAGACAACUCGCGUCCGGCGCGUCAAGCUUUGCGAGCACUUCGCAUUGCAAACAUGGCUUCCAAUCGCGAGGAGCGCUUGCAGAUGCGCCAGCGCGGAGCCGGUACGCGCCAGAUAAAAGCAGUUGAUUUCGGCUUCUCUUUCGGAUUACCAGGGCCUGAGCCCGCGGAGCCUCCGCGACAGUCUCCGCGGGCUUCGACAAAUCUCCCGGUACCUCGCGUUUCACCGCGACGGAGCGCAACUCCAAAUAAGCAACCUACACCACCCUCACAACCACCAGAGGCAACGCCGUCUUCUGGAUCGCGUAGUUCUCAGAGAGACCACCCGAGAUCUUCGAGCUCACGGAAUCAUCUCCCAGAGAGGCCGUCCACGUUCGACCUCCCAUCAGACGACGUACCGGAACAGGGACGGAGCGCAAAACGAAGAAGAAUAAGUCCUCUAUCAGAGAAUGCGAAAACGACUUCGAACGCUAAACAAACAGACCGGGUCGACCCUCAGCCCGGAACCGUUUCGAGCGGAGAUGACGUGCAGUCGGAUACCGCAGCGAACCCAGGCUUAGCUGAAGAAUCUCCCACAAUUGCGAAAACAAAUUCUCGGAGACCUCGAGAUACUACGUCCGCAGAACGGGGCACAGAGCAGCAGGUCGAGCCGGUCUCCCAAGCUGCAAAUGGCACGAACGGCGUUGAUAAGGAUCAUGGUGACGAAGUGCAACCAGCAGACGCUGCUGAUCCGAGCAUAACAAAUACCAAAAGUCAGCGCAAGAAACGGGCUUCCACUGCCGAGAAUCGGAAAAGUGGACCUACAGUGGAGAGUGCUGCAGAUAUCAACAAUGCUGAGAGGAUUGAAGAGCCUGUGGAAGCUGCUCAACCAUCUCGAUCAUCAAGACGGUCAUUACAGAAGACAGUCGAACCGCAGGAGGUUUCAAGUCCUCAGGAGACUCGAAAGAGGGGAAGAACAGCUGCUAAAACGACAAGCAAUGCGCGCAAAGACACUGGGAAAGAGACAUCUCCUGCAGAAGAGAAUUCAAGACAACCGAAGAGGUCCAGAAAGUCCCUUGGAAAGCAACGUGAGAUCCCGGUAGAUGAUGAGAGAGUAGAGGAGCGGCAACAGGCAAAACCCGAAGAAGUUGAAGAGCAGGAAAAGAAUCAAACAUCGCGCCAGAAACGCACGAAGAAAGGGAAGCAGCGGAAAUCAAUCGGACGUCCUCCCACGAGGAACCGGUCUUCUACAGAGAGCGUACCAGAAGAACCAGAAGCCUCCCCUUCACGGCAACGACAGGAUAUCGACGAGGAAGAGCAAGUGGACCAACCACAAGCAGAAUCUUCUACUCGACGCGAAUCAUCAGCCACUAAGAAAGCGCCCAAGAAAGCGAAAGCACGCAAGGAGAAGGCCACCAGGACCGAGGAUGACGAUGAGGAGGGCAAAGCAGAGCCCACGACCAGAGAGAAGAGAACUCGCGGAGAGACCGUCCCUGUGACGGUUCAUCGCCUCGCCAACAUUGAAGCGCUCAGUGCUGUCCCAGACUCAUCAGAAUCUGCCGACGAGGCAGAAGAAUCCACCGUCAAAGACCUCUCCGGUCGUUCAGGCGUCAAUCCCGCCGACGUUCUCAGCCAGAUCUGCCGCGAGACCCUGGAUAAGACGCUAACGACGCUCAAGAACGGCAUCGCCAACGAAUCCAACCAGGCCCGACGAGCAGAAUGGACGCGGAAACGAAAAGCAGUAGAGGCCUUCGGCGCAGAGCUUGAGGGACGACUCUUCGAAAUGAGCGAGAUGCUAGAUAGCAAUUUCUCCCUCAGCGCACAGUUAAAGAAAGCCAAGCGCAAAAUGGCAGAUAUGCGUAGCCGUCUUCUACAUAUCCGUCGACAACGAGAGGAGGUUGCGCUGCGAAUGGACGAGGUUCGGAGGAAACAUACGGAAGAUGAGAAUGCGAAAAUGGCUCGAAACGCAAUCAACAACUCCCUCCAUAGUCUCGAACUCGCCAUCGACCGCAACAAAGCUCGCAACGACCGCCCAUCCGACGACGACGAGCCUACGACAGCCGGUCUAGAAUUCAUGCUCCGCACCGUCGCAGAGAACGUCAGCUCCGCCGCGCCCGGUUCACAGGGUGGACUACUCAAUCAGAUCAAAUCCUUCAACGCGCAGCUCGAACGGGCAGCUAAGAAACUAGAAAGGAUGAUAUGAGCAAUCAGUUACCCUUAUAACCAGACUUUCUGCCUUUCCUUUCCUUUCCAGUACGGAACGGUGCUAUCUUAACCCUUGACCUCUUUUUUACGAAACAAGUUAUCAAUAACCCCACCCUUCAUAGUAUUGUUUAUUUGCCAUUAGUCCUCGCCGCGUGUACAAGUGCUAUAUACCAUU